AUGGUUCUCCUGAACAAGGUCAACGCCAAGGCACGCCAUGGCCAGAUGAUGGCGGUAGUCGGCCCGUCAGGCGCGGGAAAAUCGACGUUUCUCGACGCGAUCGCAGGGCGAAUCAGCCAAUCCUCGCUGGACGGCGAGAUUCUGGUGAACGGCAAGCCGGUAGAGACAUCGUUCAAGCGAGUUUCGGGUUACGUUAUGCAGGACGACCAGCUUUUCCCCAUGCUGUCGGUUCGCGAAACGCUCAUGUUUUCCGCGCGCCUGCGACUUCCUGCGGCGAUGUCGCUGGCGGAUAAGAAGGAGCGGGUUUCGGAUCUGAUUGACGAAUUGGGGCUGACGACUUGCGCGAACACGAUAAUCGGGAAUGCCGAAGUUCGCGGAGUUUCGGGAGGCGAGCGGCGACGAGUUUCAAUUGGCGUGGAUUUGAUUCACGACCCAGCUGUACUCUUUUUGGAUGAACCCACUUCUGGGUUGGAUUCUACAGCUGCACUGAAUGUUAUGCAAAGCUUGCAUGACAUUGCAACACAUCGGCGCCGCACGAUUAUCCUCACAAUUCAUCAGCCAUCCUUCCGAAUCCUGGACCUUAUUCACAACUUCCUGGUGCUGGCGAAAGGUUCUGCAGUAUACCAUGGGUCUUAUCCAGGAAUGCUGAAAUUCUUCGAGGACUUCGGCACAGUGGUGCCUGAACAUGUGAAUGCGCUUGAGUAUGCUCUUGACAUGAUUGAAGAGGAGCAGCAGAAGGAGAGGGGUCUGGACGAGCUCAUUCGCUUCAGUAAGGAGCGCUACCAUCAUGAACAAUCCCUGGCCACUCACAGCGCCCUCGGCCCGCACCACCACGCCUCCCCGCCUCCGCGCACCUUCGCCACGCCCUUCCUCCACGAAACCCUAACUCUCGCCGAUCGCAACUUCAAGAACAUCUUCCGAACGCCGGAGCUGUUCCUAUCGCGUAUCGGCCUCAUGGUUAUAACGGGCCUUAUUCUCGGGUCGCUGUUUCUCAAAUCGGGGUACGACGCGGAAGGGAUCACGAACCGCGCGUCGUUCUUCGCCUUCGCGCUCGCGCUCCUCCUGUUCACGUCCACCGAGGGCCUUCCGAUCUUCCUCGACGAACGGCAGAUCUACAUCCGCGAGACGUCGCGCGGCGCGUACCGCACCGGGUCGUACGUGCUCGCGGGCGCGCUGGUCUUCCUGCCGUUCCUCUUCCUCCUCUCGCUGCUCUUCUCGUGCGUCGCGUAUUUCAUGGUCGGCCUCGCGGCGACGGCGACGGCGUUUUUCCGGUUCGUCGCGACGGUGUUUCUGACGCUCGCGGUGGGGAACUCGUUUGUCGUGUUCUUCGCGGCGUUCGUGCCGAACUACAUCACCGGGAAUACCGUGGUCACGGCGAUCACGGCGUUCUUCUUCCUCUUUAGUGGCUUCUUCAUUUCCAAGGACAACAUUCCACCGUACUGGAUCUGGAUGAACUACCUCUCCACCUUCAAGUACCCCUUGGAAAUGCUCACUAUCAACGAGUACGGCUCUCUUCCCUCCGUCUGCUGGGAAUACCUCGUUAAGAGUGACCCCACCUCGCCCUGUAUAGUCACCUCCGACACCGUUAUUGCGCGAUUCGAUAUGGCGGACAGCAAGUUCUGGGAGUGUGCCGUGGUUAUGGUGUCAUUCUUUAUCGGGUACAGGAUCCUGUUCUAUUUCGCACUACGGUACCAGACCUCCCUCGUCCGCUAG